UCAAGUAUGGACGAAGCAUACACAGGAAAAACGUACGCGCACAGGAUCGUGUCGUGAAUUUUUCAUUUUAUCUCGAUUUUGUGGGGUGUGCUACGAAUUUCUUUUUUAUUUUUUCAACUUUUUUACAAUUAUUACGUAAAUCGACCGCUAUGUUUGCCUUGAUCUUCGUCGCCGUCGUACUGGUGAUAGUCUACUGUUACGCCUCGGUGCAUUACAGCAAGUUCGGCAGGACGAUCAACAAGUUUCCAGGACCCGCGCCCGCACCCAUUUUCGGCAACAGCUGGAAUUUCGCCACUUGUUCGUUCUCUGACACCUAUCACAAGCUUCAGGCUUACCAAGAUGUCUACCGUCCGGUGCUGCGGUUUUGGGCUUGUAUGUCGCAGGCCAUCCUCUUCAUACGAGACCCGGACGACAUCAAGACGAUUUUGACAUCGAGAACGAACUUGGACAAAUCUGAAAUUGCCUACGAGGCGGGGAGCCGAGCCUUGAAAAACUACGGGAUAGUUUUUAGCCAUGCUGAAACGUGGAAAGGACGACGCCGAAUGCUAAACAACGCAUUCACGAUGAAUCUGGUUAAGCUCUACAACAGAAUAACCGACGAGCACACGGUGGAAUUCAUCGAGCGGCUCAAGGCCAAGACCGACGUGGACGAUGUCACCGAGCUAUUUCACGAGCUCGUGUUGGCGGCCGUUAGCGACGCUAUGAUGGGCGUGAAAUUGGCGAGUCUGGACCAGGACCUGGCCAAGCGCUACCGUCACGCCUUCGACGAGAUGGGCCGUCUGGUCGGAUCUCUGGUGGUCCGCCCGUACAUACCCAACUGGUUGGUGCCGUUUCUGCCGAUCGGCCGCCGACUCAAGAUCUGCAACGAGUCGUUCCACGGCUUCUUCGCCAUGGUGGUGAACGAGCGCAGGCGCUACCUCGAGGAGGUCGGCUACGAGCACAUCAAGAGGGUGGCCGACGAGUACGACGACGCGAAGGACGACACCCGACAACCGAGCCAGGACAGCAGCACCAGCGGGAACCGACGUCGCCUGGCACUACUGGAUUUGCUGCUGCAGCUCGAGUCCGAGGGCCGGAUCGACGAGAAGGGUGUGCUGGACGAGCUCGAGGAUAUCAUGUCGGGGGCAUACGACACGACGGGCUUCGCCCUGUCCUAUCUCACGGUGCUGAUGGGUGAGCAUCCGGAGAUACAGGAGCGGGCCAGGCGCGAGGUGCAGCUCAUAAUGGAGGAGUGUGGCGGAAAUUUGACCUCGAACGAUUUGCAGAGGAUGGAGUAUCUCGAGCGAUGCUGCAAAGAGUCGCUGAGAAUAUUUCCGUCGGCCCCGAUAAUCGGUAGGCAUCUCGUCGAAGACAUCACGCUACAAAAAGUCCACAAAGUGCCAGCGGGCACUGACGUCUUCAUGAAUUUCCAAACAGUACACAUGGACCCAAAGUACUGGCCCGACCCGACCAAAUUCGAUCCGGACAGAUUUCUGCCGGAAAACAUCAAGGAUCAGCAUCCCUACGCGUACAUGCCGUUCAGCUCGGGCUCUCGCAACUGCAUCGGGCGCAAUUUCGCCAGGCUAAAUUUGAAAUCCGUCAUGGCCAGGAUAUUGCACGACUUCAGAAUUGAGGCCGUGACGAGACGGAAGGACAUCAGAUUUCAGUUGAAUAUCAUCCUCGAGCCGAAUAUUCCGAUUGCCGCGAAAUUCAUCAAGAUUGACAGAAAGUGAUAUAUAAAAUACAGAGGUUGGAGAAAACAAGAGAAAAGCCUGGGAUUUGAUGACACCCACACAAGCAGAGAGAG